UCUAGAGAAUCGGUACAUGCGGUUCCAGCCUUGCCUCCUGAAGAUCAAGGGAUGUUCUUGAACAGACCGCAGAGUGCGACCACUAGGCAAGAGACUGAAAUGAUCUAUAAGGCCCAACGGGCCUUGCACAGCAUCACGGAUUCUACGGAGAAACUUCGCCUUCUCUGCCUAGCCAGAGGUGCCAAUGGCAUCCUUGGUCUGGGUAGAACUUUUCGUAUUAUGGAUGACGAUGGAAACAAGAAACUGAAUCUGGAGGAGUUCACCAACGGCCUGCACGAGUAUGGUCUGGAUGUUACAGACGAGGAGAUCCAAGAGAUCUUCAACAAGUUUGACAUGGACAACGACGGGAACGUCAGCGUGGACGAGUUCAUCAUUGGCAUAAGACCUCCAAUGUCCCAGAGUCGUAGAAACGUGGUGGGUCAAGCUUUUCAAAAAUUGGAUAAAACUGGAGAUGGAGUGAUCACCGUUGAAGAUUUAAAGGGCGUCUACAACGUCAAGUGUCAUCCCCGAUAUAUCAGUGGCGAAGAGAGUGAAGAGAGCAUUCUGAACAAGUUUCUGGCCAACUUUGAACAGAAUAAUACCAGAGAUGGCAUUGUGACCGAGGAGGAGUUCAUGAAUUAUUAUAGCGCUAUCAGUGCUAGCAUCGAUCACGACGCCUACUUCGAUCUGAUGAUGCGAAACGCCUACAAGCUAUGA